AUGUGUAAACACAUUCUCAACGCUCAAGUCUCGAUCCGCUCGCCCUGCUGCAAGCAGUGGUUCGAUUGCGCGCAAUGCCACGCGGAAUCCCAAACACACACUCUGAAACAGACGAUGGAGAUGAUUUUCGCGUGCAAAAAGUGCAAGAAGUGCUUCCGCAAAGACAUGAAUGAGUACGAGGACAGCGACGAGUACUGCCCGCACUGCGACAAUCACUACGUGCUGGAGGCGAAGGAGCCACAAGCGCGACUGGAGGUGGAGGGUGAAGAUGUGAGGAAAGACGCGAGGAUGUUGAAAGACGACCGUAUAAAGCCGAAGGAGGACUUGACGAUCUGGGACGAUGAGCUAGAGGCUGCGAGGCUGGGCUGA